AUGUCAAAACGAUCCAUAACUGAGGUACAACCUACGUCACACCAUGGUCAAUCGUUCCCAAAAGUGUCUGUUGGUGCCGCCAAACGCGAAGAUGUUACACUCGAAGAGAUGGGCGAAUUCGAGGAUGCAUGGGAAGACGAAGUAGAUAGUGAGGAGGAACUCAUCGAAGGGAACAAUAAUACCAAUGAUGGCAUGGAUGUUGAUGAAGUUCUGCCGGCGAUCGAGGAGUCGGAAGAACAGCCUGCAGAGCCGGAAGUCUUCAUACCUGGAUCUCGCGCACUCGAACAAGAUGAGGUCCUUGUCGCAGACGAUUCUGUCUAUGAAAUGCGUCACUCCAUGAACGUAAAUUGGCCAUGUCUUUCCUUUGACGUACUGCGCGAUAACUUGGGCGAUCAACGGCAACAAUUUCCCGCAACAAUAUAUCUCGCCACGGGGACGCAAGCGAAUAUUGCCAGCAACAAUGAGCUUCUGAUAUACAAGAUGACUUCACUACACCGAACGCAGAAAGACGGUGACGAUUCUGAUGAUGAUGAUGAUGAUGCGGAUGAUUUGGACGAAGAUCCGAUUCUCGAGUUCCGCUCUGUUCCUCACGUUGGCGGUGUUAAUCGGCUGCGAGCUCAGCCUUUACCCCCUUCGCAACCCCUACCUCCCGUUUCUCGACCGUACUACGCGGCUACAUGGGCUGAUACCGGCAAAGUUCACGUGUGGGACGUGCGACCGCUCAUCGAAUCAAUGGAUGUUCCCGGCUAUGCUUUCGAUAAAGCUCGGACCCACAAACCUGCAUUCACCAUCAACUCGCAUGGAAGCGCCGAGGGCUUCGCGAUGGACUGGGCAUCGUCCGAGAGCAAUCCUGGUUCGCUACGGUUACUGACUGGUGACGUCCACGCCAAGAUAUAUCUGACAACCGCUGGGCCAAGUGGUUUCAACGCUCUAUUGCAACCAUUUCUAUCCCAUACUUCCAGCAUUGAAGACAUACAAUGGAGCCCAAGCGAGCCAACAGUAUUUGCGUCAUGUUCCGCCGAUCACAGCGUGCAGCUAUGGGACGUUCGGAGCAAAGGUCGCAGAAGUGUAGCUGGAAUAGAUGAAGCUCAUGAGACCGACGUGAAUGUCAUAAGCUGGAACAAAAACACGAGUUAUAUGCUCUUGAGUGGCGGGGACGAAGGCGGAAUCAAAGUCUGGGAUCUGCGCAACGUGCAAAAAAGAGGGUCAUCCACGCCGUCAGCUGCGCCUGUUGCGUCAUUCAACUGGCAUACCGGCCCAAUAACCUCCAUCGAGUGGCAUCCAACUGAGGACUCGAUAUUUGCGGCUUCGGGCGCGGACGACCAGAUUACCCUUUGGGAUUUGGCGGUUGAACAGGACGACGAAGAGAUGGGAGCAGCGAACCCGUCGUCUGAGAGUGGUCGCGCGGUGCCUCCUCAGCUCUUGUUCGUGCAUCAAGGUCAAAAAGAUAUCAAAGAAGUGCACUGGCAUCCACAGAUUCCCGGCGCGGUGAUUAGUACUGCUUUGGAUGGAUUCAAUGUCUUCAAAACAAUAUCCGUAUAA